ACCAAAGAAGAUUUUGGCUGAUGAGGGUAUAGUAUCCCAACUUGCAUCAAUGGGGUUUAAUUAUCUUCAUUGUCAAAAAGCUGCUAUCAACACCUCAAAUGCUGGGGUGGAAGAGGCAAUGAAUUGGUUACUAUCUCACAUGGAUGAUCCAGACAUCGAUGCACCCAUCUCACAAGAGACUCAAAGUGCUGGGGUUGUGUCAUCAUUUGUUGAUCAAUCGAAAGUUGAUACUUUGGUUUCAUUUGGGUUUGAAGAAGAUAUUGCUCGGAAGGCACUGAAGGCAUCGGGUGGUGAUAUUGAGAAAGCAACGGAUUGGAUAUUUAACCCUAUUGCCUCUGGUCCAUCAGAUAUGGAUGUUUCAUCAAGUUCCACGACUAUUGUUGAUUCUGCACUGUCUGAUGGUGGAGGAAGUCAGUUCCUUGUACUCUUUUAUUAUGUUUUUGUUCAUAAACAUGAGUGCUUUUGCUGCUACUACUGCUAUUACUACAAAAAAUACUAUCUUUGCUGUUUAUCAGACUGCUAUUGUGUUCCUAGUUAUUAUCUUUCGGGCACUUUAGAACAAUAUAUUUCUUGGACCAUUGUAAUUUUCAUGUUCAACGUUGAAGUUUUGCCACCAAAAAGAAUAAACAAAGGAAGUAUUUAUGAACUCUAAUGUUCUCUUUAUCAU